AUAAUCGUCAUCAUCUCUUGUUCGCUCUUCAGACGCAUUUCACCACUCACCAAUCACUAUCGACGGCAGUGGUACUCUUCUAACAUCAGAAAGCUGGUAGCCUGAAUCGUAGUUUGGACACCUCUCUCCCGGGGACCUCUCCAUGUGAAUGGGAUGUGACGCGGCCUUGUAAUGUGUGAUGUGUCCAUCUGGUCAACCGAUUUCCAUCUCACGUGUUCAAAAGGCCAGCGAGCUUUAACAGAGCGUACAACCGAUCGAUAAAGUGCAAGAUGAACGUGGUUAACAGAAAUCAGACCAAUUUACUCGAUCUAAUACACCACUCGAUUCAUUGAGAGACAUUGAAAAAACACAUAUUUAAACUAACCAAACGAGGUGAGGCGUUCUGCUUUAUCACCAGAUAGCCAGAUCAUCAACCGAAGAUGAUGUUGAAGGGCAUGUCGAAGGAAUCUUCGGGUGAAGUAGGGAAACGAAUUGAAGGCAGGAGAGUAGCCAGAGUGCAGCCCCAGAAGGGACAGAAUGUCAACGAUCAAGGGUUCUCCUACACUCACGAAAUAGGAAACGUUAAAUCUGUUAAACCAAGAGGAAGGAGGAGCCCUUCCGUUCAAAGACCAAUCCUUCCUAAGUGGGAUAUAUCGCAGCAAGAAUUGCUUAAAAUAUCCGACUCAAGAGCCACCAUAGGACAGGGAGCUAACUCUGCAGAUAGCCAACCAUUACUGAUAUUGACGGGACUUGCAAUGCCAAUGAUAGGAAGUCAACAGGCUACUCACCUAGUUCCUUUCCACGCGGAUGGAAUAGUUCCAUCCUGUCAGAAAAUCACCCAAGAUGCCAGCAAACAAUCUGGUUGCCCGAUAUCUACAGGACCCAAGGCAACUGAUCAUGGCUUAGAUGAUGUACGUAACUCGAAUGGCAUGGGUAUUUCCAAUACGAACCAGGAGUACGUAAACUUCAUUGUCAGUAACCAGAUUGACCAUACCCUGACGAACUAUAAUCAAAUAGCCAAUAUACAGACGAAUAUUGACAGAUCAAGGGUAUCGUACAACGGGGCUCUGCAACUGCCACCUUCGUUCGAUCAACGAAUUCCUGAAUUCAGUGACUUUCCCACUGAUACGGCGGAGGGUCAGAUGAAGUCUUUGUCUUACAAUCGAGAAAUGUUGGCAUCUAGUCUAAUGCAUCAUGAUACUUGGACGGACAUGAUGGGCGGGGCUGGGUGUAAUACAAGAUUUGCGAACGAGGAGCACCACCGGACAGGUAAAACAGAUACUGAAAGUAGGAUAACUAUGAUGAAUGAUAAAGGAAACAAUACUACGGAGGAGAGUAAUGGAAACAAAAUGCAGUAUGUUCGGAACCCAUCCGACAAGUUAAGGAAUGCUCAGAUUUCGCUGGGAUCAGUUCACGAUAAUCAUGGAUGUAGUCAGUACUUCAACCAGAACGAACAAAUGUCUUCAAAUUUUAAUGGAUGUUUGCAUCCAGUAAGGAAUACUGGACCCAAGUGGGAUGAUACCAUUCCUCGUGGUCGCCACAUCAGCAUCAACCCGCAGGUAAAGGAUCCUACUCUAAAACCAGCCUGCACUAAGAUUGAUCCUUCUACUUUUCCACAACACUGUAUUGGUGAACAAAAUAAGAAUAACCCUUGUGUCAAACCUCCUCUACAGAAGGCUCCGAGGCAAAUCCCUCGUUAUAAGCAAGACAAGGACAGGAUUUUCAAAGAUUUGAAGAGAGAACAUUUGACAUAUUUCAAUUCGCUUGAUAGAAAUGGAAAGACGGCCCUUCUGCGUUGCAAGUAUGCAAAUUUGCUGAAACGCAGAAAUAAACAGCUUCAGAGGUUCGACCCAAAGUAUAGGCUCUCACUCAAAAGAAUGAGUAAUGCGUCUCAAGAAGUCCACACUUUAUCAAAAUUGACGAAGUUCAAUCGCCCUCCCAGACUAUCCAGAAUGGCCAAUUCUAGUCAGAGUAUGCUCAGUGGCAAUCCUCACGUCGCAUUAGGAACUGCAGGUCCAUUGGAUGUCGCUGAUGACCAUUCGGUCAUCGAUCUGACAGAGGAUUCGCCCUGCAUCAGGCACGAAGACAAGAAUCCUCCUGCCGAAUUAUCAUCAAGACGACAUAAAAGCCGAUUACCUUCUUACGAAGAAGCUAUGACUUUGAGGGCAAAGGACACCAAUGACAGAACCUCUGUUGAUCCUUUGCCCGCUUUGGCAAGACGUCUCUUAUUAUCCAGCCAAGAAUUUUUCAAAAACCUGCAAGGACACGGUAAAUUAUCAAGAGAAAGAUUGCACACUCACAGUGGGCGGUUAAUGGAUAGCUCGACACCAACUUCUUUGAUGUCAUCCAGGAAACCCCAUGCGGUGAAUCCGGGAUCAAUAGAACCCCUAGCAGUUCCUCAAGAUGCCACCAUCAACAAUAUAUAUCCGAGUAGCCAGGACUGUUCCUUAACGUCAGAUAAGUCAGAACUUUUAACCCCAAGUGUUUCUUCUGCUGUUGCUUUGCCUCAGAGUAUCAGUGGACACGGAAUGUGCAAGCCUACAAAUGGUACAGCUUUGUCUUCACAAACGCACGACCUCCAAAAGGAUUGCGAGUCCGAGAAAUGUUCAGACAAUACUUCUAGAAAUCAGUGCAUAAAGAUGGAGUGUGACGUUGAGACUCGCCCUGAGACGGGAAUGAAAAGUGGACUAUCUACGGAUGAGCCAGAUACAUUAUUUCAACCUACUGACACAUCAAGCUGGAUGGACAAAAGGAAAGACAACUCAGUAACAAUGACAACCAGAAUGGAUUCUCUUGAUGAAAAACUGGGGAUUGUUUAUCAAGGCAGCGAAAGACAUACUCUGAAGAAUGCGGUCGUCCGUAUAGAAGACUUCAGGAAGAGGUUAACCCGAUUGCAGAAGAAGACAGAAGACAUCCUAGAUGACAAGAAUGCCUCUCACCUUGAACAGAGAAAGAGACAAAAGCGAAAUCAUCGAAGCAGCAACUAUGGAUGGCAGACCAGAAAUGCAGGGACUAAGCAACGAGGCACUUCGACGGCAGACUGUUCAUCACGAUCCAGACAUAAUUUCCAAGACUUUGUGCCCACCAUCCUCCCUACCAGAACAAGAACUGCUACAUCAAGACUUGGUCAUUCAAGUCGUGUAUUAGCCAUGGAGCUGUUACAAAACGAUCUGGAUGACGUCAUCAACGACGGAAUGAAGGUUGAGGACGACAUCAACAAGGACGAUGAAGAUUACACUCCACGAAAUAAACACGCCAGGCGACAUCGGAUCAGAAGAAAGAGAUCAUCUCCUCUAUCGUUCUCAACCACAACGGCAGUAUCGCUCCCAUCAUCAUCAUCAUCAUCAUCAUCACCACCACCACCAUCUUUAUCAUCAUUAUCACAACCCUCAUCAUCUGAACGAUGUGGCGUGGAAGUGGAUACAGUGACGGAAACAGAGACUGCCUCGGUUUCAUUCGGAUCCGGUUCUAAGUACGAACGCGGUUCAUCGGUUAGGGUCGAGAUUGGAACGAAUUCUGAGAAUCAUAUCAAACUGAAGUUUGUCAACCUGAGAAGCAUCUAUUCUGGCUCCUCCUCCGGCAAUCAAUCACAACAUCGGACACAUCGAAAGGCUAAACUUAAGCAGAAGGGUGACGAGAAAAUCGACGAUUCGUCAAAAGCUGCCAAAGAAGGGAAUAAAACAUUCAUGUUUGAUGUUGGCCCGAAAGCAAAGAAGAGAUCCAGUAACAAUCUUGAGACUGAUACAUCUACUCAUAGCACGUCUUUAGAGAUGGACAGUGUUCCGGUGGACCCACCGCUUGGAAUAAAGAAACUCAUCAUAAAUAAGAAACGGGGAGAAACUUUACUACAUCGAGCAGCAAAACUUGGAAAUAUGGAGAUACUCCGUUAUUGCAUCGAUAAUGGCCUAGAAGAUGUGAAUGUUCACGAUCACGCUGGCUAUACAUCUUUACAUGAUAGUUGCGUACCAGGACAUCUAAACGUAGCCAGGUUUCUAAUUAAUCACGGCGCUGAUGUGAACGCGGAAGCUUACGACGGCACCAGACCAAUCAACGAUGCAGUAGAAAAUAACCACGUUGAGCUUGUGCGCCUUCUUCUAGCCCAUGGUGCUGAUCCCUUUUAUCCUAAACCUAAUGGACGAACAUGUAUUGAGCUAGCUUUAGACCAGAGCAGCGAAAUGAAGAGUCUGAUCUUUGGUUAUCUAGAAGACAUGAAGGUAGAGAGGCGUGAUUUAGAAGACGGGCUUUGAGAUUCCAUGUCAGAUCUUUAGAUUCAACACAGUAUCCUGCCUUCUCCUCCGCCAAUAUACAAUGUGCGUCAUUGUUGGGGUCAUUUAGUUCAGACGUAAUGACUGGGAAGCAUCAUGAAUGCAUGGAAACCAUUGUAAGCCCAUGUCAUUUUUCGAUUUGAAUCAUAACCCAAUAUGAACCCAUCAGGUUAUAUUGUCUUCAUUGAUUCAAGCAAUUUGAUUAGGAAAAUGCUGGGGAUGUAACCCAAAUAUUGUUUAAUUUCAACGAUUUUCUUUUGCUUUAUUUGGUUGCAAACUUAGAAGAAGAGAGUUAAAAAUGAACUUGUUUCAAUACGUUACAUUUUUUUUCUUCAUACUUAUACAGUUUCAAUUCUCAUGACAAAACCCGAUGAGGGUCCGUAUUAAGGUAUUAUUUAAAUCGAACAGAUAUCAAUUUAAAUUUUAGGAAAUUGGUUUGGAUAAAGAAGUGGAUUAUGAGUGGGGUAUGAAAAUUUGUGAUUUUCACAUAAUUGUUCUGAACCAAAAAAAAUGCAAGGUUUUGCAGUACCUUAUAACAAUUAGUCAUUACAAAAUCAUUAUUUUGUUGCAUGAAAUACUCCCAAAAUUUCAUGAGAAAUUAACCAAUUCCUAGACCCCCCCCCUUCAAGAUAGAAGUAGAAAUAGAAACUCUUAAGUACGAUGCACAAUUUAUGGGCAAAGUAGCACUAUUUUCUAACAUUGGACAUUUUCACAUUUGGAUAUUUUAGUUUUAUUUGUAGGCUACCUUUAAACAUGGAGGUAGAAAUUCUACCUCCAUGCUUUAAAUGACAGGAUUUUAAAGCUAUAGAUGUUUUAGUUAACUGUUUCAGUUACCAGACGUCGUCGUUCCCCGGCGGAUCCACGGAGGGUGGGACAACCGGCUCGUGCCCCCCCCCCUUGAGAGGCACAAUUUUAAAAUUUGUAAUGUAAAAAUGCCGUUGCCCUUUGAAACCGAGGACUUUUUUUUGCUUGUCACAUUUUUUUUCGCGGACGGAAUGUACUUAAGUCUUGAUUUAAGUUUUUUUCCUUGUUAAAUUUUUUCAUCAGGAAAAUGUGCCCCCCCCCCCUUGGAAAAUCCUGGAUCCGCCCCUGUCGCCAUUCAUAGUACAAUAAUUUUGAGAGCUUGCUUUUACAAGGUUUCGUUCAAAAUGUUAAUUUUAUCAUGCCCAUUGGUUAACUACUAGUAUAUAUUGUAUGAUAUUAUGUUUUAUAUGAAUAAAACUGCAUAUGCCCUGUU